AUGUGGGCCGGCAGUGAAAGUGAAACUUCUCCCCAGGCUGCAGGAGACGCGAUAGCAAAGUUGUCGAUACCAAACCCCAACAUAUCUCACGACCGUCACGACCGUAACGACCCAUCUGCACUUACACUACCCCAGCGCCAGCAGCGCCGAUCUCUGAUACAGACUCCCCCACCACGUACUUCAAGUCUUACUCCGGCUCAGCGAUCAGAAACUCCCUCAUCACAGCAUCGCUUGCGGCGCACCCCACGCUUCUCAGCUACGCCCAGCCCCAAGCCAGCAGAACCAAAACGCCGGGAGCCUGAGUCUGCGCCUGCCAAGGUCACUGUCACUCUUGGUCCCAUAGGUCAAUACGUUCUAGCUGGCGACCAAGAUAAAGGCAAGGGCAAAGCUCGUGUGCGACCUCGUCCGCCACCGCGGAAGCUUUCUCAAGAUCUGAGCAGUGAGGAUAACGACGAAGAAGACUCACCUGGGUCGCAACAUCGCCGGAGUAGAUUCGACCUUCCGGAGCCCGACGCUGUCCUCCGUAUCUCGAAGCGCACUCACCGCGCAGUUCUGUAUACGCUCGAAGAGCUACUGCGUGGUCCGCACCAGCUUAGCUCUGAUUUUGUCGAGGAAACCGCCUCAAUGGCUGAUUUAAUGGGCGGUGGCAUACCCACCUCCAAUGGCAACGGCGGCUCAUCUUCAAGAAUGCCGGCCGCUCGAGCUCCUACAGGUUCACCAUCUGGGAUUAGAGGGCCCAGGAUGAUUAUGCAAGAGCGAGCAGCCCGAGAGGCUAGGCAGCGAGAGGAACGAGAGCGAGCAGAACGUCAACAUGCCGCCGAAGAAGCUCGCUUAUUAGAGGAAGCAAAUCGGAGAGAAGCUGAGCGAAGAGCCCCUGCUGGAGCUGGGGGUCCUGAAUUUAGGCAGAACCUGCCUGGCGGCGUCGAUUCUAAUGUGUCUAGAAGAGCAACGACCACCAGACCUAGUGGCCGUACAGGUCCUGAGGCCGAACCCCGUGUAGGUGAACCAUCGAGAACUGCUGCAGUAGGUGCUUCUGCACAGCCAUCGCAACGCCAAACAGCCGCACCACAUCAGACACAACAACCUUCUAGUGCAGAUGCGACAGCCGGGCAUUCACAAUCGCAGCACUUGUCAACCUCUGAUUCCGUGACUGCAGCUGGGCGGGGUAGAAACUCGUUCCCUCAUGCAUUUGAAAGAUGGGAGACUUUGUCGGCACAUUGGGAGGGCCUAACUAGUUUCUGGAUUCGCAAACUCAAGCAGAAUGCAGAGGAGAUUAACCUUGAUCCGGUUUCGCAGCAACUUGCGCGUAACGUAUCGGAUCUCUCUUCCGCCGGCGCAAACCUUUUCCAUGCUGUGGUGGAGCUCCAGCGUCUCAGAGCUUCCUCGGAACGCAAAUUCCAGCGGUGGUUCUUUGAAACGCGCACUGAAAUUGAGCGCAACCAAGAAGUUACAGCAUUGUUGGAGGCAGCUUUGGAAGAAGAACGUCGCAGCCGAGCAGAUGCAAUCCGUGAAGCCCUAGAACAAGAGAAAGGUAACUCCAAAACCCAGAAGCUGUUGAGCGAGAUGCGCAAGGAACUUCAAAUCUCAAAAGAGGAAGCCCGUCGUGCCUGGGACGAGCUCGGUCGGCGCGAGCAGGAGGAGCGAGACAGAACCACAUCCCUUCAGCAGGGCCACCCGACAAUUGUUGGCGGCGUGCAAGUUGUACCCAUGACUCAGGGAGUCAGCCGCCAUAGCAGUCGCCGGGACCAGCAGCCAUAUGCUCAAGGCGAAUCCGACUAUGGACAGACGUCUAGCUCUCGCCCCGAAUAUUCUGAAGCGCCAGCUGUUCAGCCCGUUGUCGCAUCGUCGUCUGGGGCCGGGGCUGGUACUGGUGCUUCUCAGCAGCCUCCGACCACUGUUCAUCACCAAGGCAGCUACGGUUCCGAGGGGGCCUACAGCGAAGGUGAGUACCCAGUCGAUGCACGUGGGCGUUUUGUCGGAGACUCCCGAGGAAACAAGAUGCCCUUCCGUGCACCCGCUUCGGAUGGUGAAUCUGACGUUGGAAUAGACGAAUUUGAAACCCCCGGAGCGCAGCCCACUACGCAAUAUCCGACGUCGACUGGCGCACAGCCGCGGCCAGAUUACUCGGGGGCGGGUUAUAGCUCAUCCGAAUGGGACACUGUAGGGGGCGCUCGACACCAUCAUCCGACUAGACUGAGCGAUGUUCUCGAGGAAGAGGAGGAGCGCAGUCGCACGAGCGCAAGCCAGAGCCAGGUCAGCCGUGUUUGA